AUGGACCUGGAAGCGAAGAGCCGGGAAGUCCUGGCCCGCUUUACGGAAGAGGGCCAUGUGCGGCAAAGCCUGGAAGGCCGGAAGUACUUGACGCCCUUUGUGGUGGGCCUUCUGGUGGAGUGCGCUGGCAAGGAGAACAUAUUCACCUCUGGACCAGAACUAGAGAAGCACUCCGCGGAUCACUCGCACCACUUGCCCUGCUUGCCCGAAGCGGUGAUCUAUCCCCGGUCCACGGAGAUGGUCAGCGAGGUGAUGAAGAUUUGUCACAGGCAGCGGGUGCCAGUGACACCCUGCGGUGCCAGGACGGGCUUGGAGGGUGGCUGCAUCCCCCUCGGCGGGGUGUCGCUGGACCUGUCCAAGAUGAACCAAGUGCUGAAGCUGCACCGAGAGGAGUUGCAGGUCCACGUGCAGGCAGGCAUCAAGAAGGAGAUGCUGAAUGACUACCUGGAGCCCCAGGGCCUCUUCUUCCAGGUGGACCCGGCCUCGAACCCCUCGCUGGGGGGCAUGGCGGCCUGCGGGUCCUCGGGGACGCUGUGCUGCAACUACGGCACCAUGAAGGAGAACGUCGUCUCCUUGACGGUGGUGCUGGCGGACGGCACAGUGAUCAGCACCCGGCGCGGGGUGAGGAAGAAUUCCACGGGCUACGACCUGACGCACCUUUGCAUGGGCCAGGAGGGCACCUUGGCAGUGAUUGCGGAGCUGGUGGUGAAGGUCACCCCUCUGCCCAAGGGGGAGAGCUCCCUACAGGUCGCCUUCCGGUCCCUGCAGGACUGCUCCAGGGCCGUCCUGCGCCUGCGGGAGGCGCGGCUGGGCCUCAGCCGCUGCGAGCUGCUGAAUAGGCAGAGCGUCGAGUCCCUAAACGCGAUGAGCGCGGGAAAGCCGCUGGAGGUGGUGCCCACACUCUUCCUGCAGGUUCAUGCCAUCUCCGAGGAGGCGGCGGCGCAGGAGGUCGCGAGCGCUCAAGGCAUCGUCGCGGAGUGCGGGGGCGAGGGCUUCGUCGUGGCCACGGGCAAGGAGGACCAAAAGGCGCUCUGGGACCUGCGCAGGGCCGCCUACUACGCUUGCCAGAAGAACCGUCAGCACAUGGUGCACUACGGUGCCAAGGACAUUCGCAUGCUGAGCACUGACGUGUGCGUGCCCUUGGGGAACUUCCCGCGGCUGAUCGAGGAGACGGAGCAGGACUACGCGGCCACGGCUCGAGCGACGAAGGUGCCGCUGCUCUGCAACAUCUUCGGCCACGCGGCGGACGGGAACUUCCACUGCGUGGUGCUGUACGACCACGACAACGUCCGGGACCGGGAGGUCUUGGAGGCCUUGGACCGGCGCAUGUGGAGCCGGUGCCUCGCCCUGGGCGGCUCGGUGAGUGGGGAGCACGGCUGCGGCAUGGGCAAGGUGCCCGCCCUCCAGGCGGAGUGGGGCGCAGAGGCGAUCGCCCUGAUGUGGCGCCUGAAGAAGUGCUUGGAUGAGCAGGAGAUCCUGAACCCGGGAAAGCUGCUGCCGGCCAGGGGAAGAAGCCCCACCAAGACUUCGGUCCAUGUGGUGGAGCUACCCAAGCUGGUGAGGCGAUCCCGGAAGGACCACUUCGCCACAGCUGGCUUCAAGCCCCUGCACACCUUCCUUCAAGCCGAGCCCUCCAAAGAGGCACUGCUUGCGUGA